AUGAAAAAGGUGGAGAAGCACUUGGCCCUGUGUGGCCAUUGGGCUCGGGGAUUCUCCAGGUACUCAGAUAAGCAACCCUUUAGGGAGAAGAAGAAAAGUCAGUCCAUUUUAGGCACCAUGCAGGGCAUCCCUCUCCUGAGGAAUAUGCUUCCCAAAUGGAAUGGCAUAACGAUGGAACAUGCUCGCAAGGUAGAGAAGAAGCAGUUGGAAAAAAUUAUCAAAAAGACAUUCGAAGAACUGCGUAUGAAGUAUGCAGAGGUAAGGGUGAAGUAUCAGGAUACAUUAUUAUCCACAUGGAGAGAAGAAAGAACGAAAAUUAAAAAGAGAGUUACUCCACUCUUCCUAAAAGGGAUGAUAAUGAAAAACGUAGCAUUUGAUAGACAACACGUAAAAACGGUCUUGCACAGGGUUUCAUUUGGAGGGAGAUUUUUUUUUGAAAAUUUGAAGCAUCUCUGUCGGGAUGCAAACGUACAGUAUUGUAGAAAUUUAAUUCAGUACCAUUAUAGGAGAGCACCUGUGACGUAUACGUUAAUGGCAUUGCACCUUUUGGUUUUCCUUUUAUGGAUGAAUGCGAAGCCUGGGGAUACAUACAACUAUAUUGGGAUGCCUCCCGGGUUCUACUACCCUAGUUCGGAUAUCUAUUCCCCUCCAGGGGUUAAUAAUGCUUCUUCUCGUUAUUCCUCUCCCUUUGGGCUGUUCAAUUUUUUAACUCUUGAAUUUAUGUAUGACCACUUUUGCUGUGGAUCUAAACAGCUGAGGGAGAAGAAACUAUACACACUUAUAACCAACCUCAUUAGCCACAACACUGUUCAGUCCCUUCUGCUGAAUACCAUUUCGUUGUUUUACAUCGGGAGGUCUUUCGAGAUGAUUAUUACAUCGAAGAAUUUUUUUUUAACAUAUUUUAUUAGUGGGAUCAUAUCAUCAUAUGUACAGAUUUGUUACCACAAGAGUGGACGUUCCUCUCCCUAUGGCAACGUUUGUGUCUUGGGGGCCAGCGGCAGCAUCAGCUCCAUUCUCACGACGUACACGCUCAUGUUCCCUAGCAGCAGCAUUUAUCUCUACGGGGUCCUGGCGCUUCCCCUGGCCCUGUUCACCUCCCUCUACUGCGCAAACGAGGUCUACUGCGUGCUGACGGACAAGAAGGACAACACAGGCCACGUGGCACACCUCACGGGGAUGUUUCUGGGAUUCCUCUACUACUACUUCUACGUCAAGGGGAGAGUGGUCAUGGGGGGGUUUGUUCCCUUCCAUGGAUUUCCCCCUACUCCGUCUUAUUAA